AUGACUGACUUAGUUGAACGUAAAGGUUUUAAAAUUGAAGCAACUACAACAUCAAAAAAGAAAACAAAAAAGAAAAAAUCAAAAUCAACAGAUCUUGGUCAUGUACGUAUUAUUGAUGAUGAUGCACCAAUAUUAUGGGGUACUACAACAGAAUCUAAUACUAUAGCUGAUGAUGAAAUCGUUUCGUUUGACGAUGCUCCAGUUGUUGUUGGUGUUAUUGAUGAACGUCCAUCAGAAAUUCGUGAAAAAGAACGAUUUAAUGAUGUUAAACGUUGGCGUACAGCAGCUUUUGAAGAAGUUCCUGAACCUAGCAGUAUAGGACCUCAACCAAAACCAACAAAAUCUCUUUCAUCAUCAAAAUCUCAUCCAAAACGAAACUCAUCUGAUGAUAGUGAUCCUGAUAUCGAUCGACGUCAACCAAGAAGAAACGACGAUCCUGAUUUAUCUCCACCACGAAGAAAAAAUGAUGAUCCUUCUCCUCCAAGAAGAAAACGACAAUCAGAUGAUGACCCUAGUCCACCACGACGACGUGAUCCAUCUCCACCACGACGAAAACAUGAUGAUUCUUCUUCUUCAAGAAGAAAACAUCGAACAAAUGAUGAUUUUAGUCCAUCAAGACGACAUGAUUCAUCACCUCCUCGACGAAAACAUAAAUAUAAUGAUGAUUCAAAUCCAUCAACACGACGUGAUACUUCUUCCCCUCGCAAACAACAACCACGGGAUGACGAUGAAGAUGCAAGUCCUCCAAGACGUCGAGAUAAAUCUUCACCUUCUCAUCAAAAAAAAAGUCGACAUUCUCGACAAGAAUCACCACCAUCAUCUACAUAUCGUCGUCAAAUAAAAGAAGAAUCAUCAUCAUCAACACAUCGUCGAUCAAAACAAGAAUCACCUCCGCCACCUUCUCAACCAGCUAAAUCAGAACGACGACGUUUAGCCGAACACAAAGAACAAGUAGCUGAACGAUAUGCACAAUGGGGUCGUGGUUUAGCUCAAGUUCGACAAGUAGAACAUGCUGUGAAAGAUUAUAUAGAACAAGCAGCAAAACCAUUAGCACGUUAUCGAGAUGAUGCAGAUCUUGAUACUAUGCUUAAAGAAAAAGAACGUGAAGAUGAUCCAAUGCUCAAAUAUCUUUCCAAAAAAACAUCUGAUGUAGGUGAUCGAACGAAUAAUAGUAAUAGUACUCCAGCUAAACCUCGUUACAGAGGUCCUGAUCCUCAAAAGAAUAGAUUCGACAUCUGGCCUGGUUAUCGAUGGGAUGGUGUCGAUCGAUCAAAUGGUUAUGAAAAGAAAUUAUUUGAAUCGAUUGCUCAUCGACAUGCCAAGUCACAAGAAGCCUAUCUAUGGAGUGUUGAAGAUAUGUAA